AUGUUAGAUGCACAACGAGACGCUUGGACAGACGCGUCGUGCCGCCACACUUCAGAGAGCACACGUGCCCAAGCAAUUCAGCUGGCGCCGCUAUAUGAGCUAGAGGCGGGCUGGAGCCAAUAUUUGGCGAGUGAAAGCGUCACCCUCAGUCCGAAAAUUGAGAUUUCAGGCUUUCAAGAUUGCACUGUUGCCAGAGUGACUGACUUCGCGGUGGAAAGUCUCUUGGUAGAUAGCUCGUUUAGAGAUCUAAAGCAGACUAGUAGGAACGUCAAGGCUGGGAACUGGGGUGACGAGUUGUCUCCUCGACUUCCUGUCUUGCCUCCAACUUUGUUAAAUCAGCGUAAAAUGUCGUUCAAGGGGGAUGUCCAAUGA